UAGCGGUGGCCACAGGGACGUCUCUAAUUUUAUCCUCUAUAAGUUCAUUGUUAGUAUUAUCUGGAAUGCAAAUGUUCAAACCUUGGCUGAAUUCAUCCCAAUUACAUACUCUUUUAGGAGGAUAUUUUGGUUCCCUAUUUUUCGUAUUAAUCCUAACAUCCAUAGGAAACCUUGAAACCUGUGUAUUUGGCAAAAAUUUUCAAGUUAAAGUGUUUCCUGAAGUUUUACUAAGUUUAGUAAUUGCUCUGGUUGCAUCAGCAACCAUUCACCGUGUAUGUGCUACCUCAUGUUUAUUGCUCUCUCUAUGUGCCCUCUACUAUGUAAAUAAGUAUUCACAAAAGGUAUACAACCUUCAAGCUCCUCCAGUCAUUGUUCAGACAGGAAAGAAGAAAAGACAUUAA